AUGAGAAUAGUAAGUGUGCCCACCACAUCAGCCGCAUUAUUGCUGGUUUCAGUGGCCGUGGCUGAUCUUGCUGGACUGUACGACCAGUGGACCAGCAAUGAUCUCCAAGGAUAUUUGCAAGACCAGAAACAGACGCUUCAAAAAGCCGGCAAGGAAAACGCAGAUGUGCUGCGUAAACACGCAGAGGCGCUCUACCAAAAGCAAUCUAAACCUACCCCAUGGUGGAACUUUUGGUCGUCACGCACACGCGUUGCCGAUUUCGCGCAAAAUAAGGACCCGAUCUCAGAAUGGUUUUUCGACACGUGGUCCGCCAAGGACUUGCGUAAGUUACUGUCCAAGAACAAGAUCAAGUACAACUCCGAUCUGUCUCGCGACGCAUUGGUGAGUAAGGCCAAAGAAAACUUUGAACAAAUCAAUUCCAAGUAUGAGUUGUCCGGUUUGUAUCCCUCGCAACAGUAUUUUACCAACUGGGACGACUACGAUCUCAAGUCUUGGCUAGACGAGUAUCACGUGCCCUACGAUAAGGCCAAGGCCAAGAAGGACGAUCUUUUGGCCAAGGUGCGUGAGAACAUUCACUCGGCGUCCCGCUACGCCAACGACGAACGUCUCAGUCUUUUGGAACAACUCGAUCUCGCUAACCAGCAAGUUGUAGACAAGGCCGGCAAAGUGAAGGAUCAGGUCUUCAACACAUGGUCCACGCGCGAAAUUCAGGACUGGUUGCAAAGCCACAAGAUCAAGAUCGAGGAAAAUGCCGAGAAUGAUCGCCAGUAUUUGUUGAACGUCGCCCAGAAGAACAAAAAGUACUUGCAGGAUGAUGCCAGUUGGUAUUUAGAAGCGGCCAAAAACAAGGCUUCUCCAUUCUAUGCUAAAUCGGAAGAGGCCGUGGCCUCAGUCUGGAGUCAAACCGCAAACAAAUGGCAAGACUUCAAGAACUACUUCUCUCAUAGUGACAACAUUGUGAACCAUACAUUUUUGUUAGGGGUAGAAUCCUGGCCCAAGAAACGGUUGCGGGCGUUUUUGGAUGCGCGUGGAGUAUCUUACUCGUGGUUUAGUACCCGUUCCGAACUUUUGGAUUUAGUCAAGGAGUACCGCAAUAGUCCUCUGAAAAAUUUGACCACCUCCCCCGCGGUAGCGGAGUACUUUGAUGGCUGGUCUUACGAGAACCUUAAGGAAUGGGUCAAAGACAGAAACGACGACAUAACUUCCAGUGGUAUUUACAAAGCUGCCAGUGGCAAAGUCAACGAUUUACUAGUGCAGGGUCAGAAUCAAGGUGAAAACGCUUGGUUGUAUGCCCAGAAGAAGGGUACCGCUGCCUCUGAUUACGCUCAAGCUAAAGGGGCAGAAGCUGCCCGUGCUGCUACCGACUACGCAGCAGAAGCUGGAACCGAAGCUGCAACUUAUGCCAAAGACAAGGGCGCUGAUGCAUCGUCCUACGCCAAGGACAAGGCUGCGGAUGCGGGUUCAUAUGCUAACUCAUAUGCGAAAGAGAAGGCUUCUGAAGCCGCUUCGUAUGCCAAGGAAAAGGCUUCUAGCGCAACGGAUUACGCCAAGGUCAAAGGUGACGACGCCGCCGAGUACCUCAAAGACAAAGGAUCCGAUGCUUUGGACUAUGCGCAACAAAAGACUGCAGACGCUGCUCAGGCCGCUCAGCAAAAGGGCAGUGAUGCUCACGAAGUUGCCAGCGAAAAAGUUGACGAGUGGACUACCUUAUUUGCCUCUUGGACUACUGACGACUUGAGAAACUACGCGAAGUCGUUUGGAAUCAAAACUGCGCCCACUACCCCAAGAGAGAAACUGGUUGAUCUAGUGCAAGAAAAUACCCGUUGGUUCUUCGGAUACUACCAGGAUCCUCUGUACAAAAGAGUUCCAAAGAAGAUCAGUAAUGUAUUUGCCAACAGCUACCAGUAUGUUUUCCAUCACUGA